ACCGAUGCUGUCAGAUUAUUUCCAUCCCAUCCACUAUGAGAAGAUACUUCUUUUUUUCUCUAGACGACACUAUACCACUUCUGCUUCUAUUUCACUUCUCCAUUCGACAAGCGGAAACUGAUCACUUCUUUUACUGCUCGAGGACUACUACACCACUACACCACAACACCACUACACCACAACACCACUACACCACAACACCACUAGCCUACUAUUCUCCCCUCUUCACUCUGCGAACAAAUCUCCACGUUCGGUGCCUAUGACCUCGACGACGACCUCUCCCGUCCCAGUCGAAUUCUCGUCCUCGACUGCGACUCUAGACCACCAACGCGAACUGUAGAUGCACCACAAACUCAUGUUGAAUUGAUUUCACUCGGUCCCGAUUUUCUUUUUGGGUUUCGCGACCACCACACUCCUUUAUACGCCGCUGUUUGUGUUGUUCGAGUCUAAAUCGGCUUGCGUAGUCCGGUCUGGAUUCGUCUCGAUCCGUCGCAUUCCAUUCCCCCACUCCCACUUUUUAAUGACGAGGAAUCCGCUUCUGCUUUCACCUCCAUAAUUCUUCAGUCAAGUUAAACGUCCUCGACAUAUUCGCCAAUCCCAUCGCCUCUUCGAUUGCGCCUCUGCGAUUAUCUCCUUCAAAACCAAACCCACGAUACCACCCUUUCAAGUAUACCGCCCAUGAAACUCAACUCACCCAUAAGCAUGACAUAUCCAGGGCCACCGCGCCGAGCCGCGGGCCUGAUGCGAUACAUCUUUUUGGCCGCUGGUGUGAUUGGAAUUAUGUACUAUUUAAGAUUAACAGCUUCAAAUGGAGCUUUCACCAACAUUUCGAAUCCCAUAAUCGACGCGGAUAAACAUGUCGACACCGAUAAACCCCCAGCGCCGCCACCUCAUCCUCCAACUCCAAUCAAUUCGAUUGAAGAAAAGCCUGAGCCGGUCGAACAUAUGGAACACCUGCAUGCGAGUGCCCCUAACCAUACCGAGGACGCGCCUGUAAAGGGCUCAAGACCACCACACCCAAUCGAUGACUUGAUCGAAAAGGCAGAGAAAAGACAAGCAGGGAUAAUGAAGAAGGAGAGCAAGGACUUAAAGGCAGCAGCAGCAGCAUACCGGGAACGAAGAGGUCGCCAUCCACCUCCAGGAUUUGAUAUCUGGUAUGGAUUCGCCAAAGACCAUGAUGUUGUGAUGGUGGAGGAUUUCUGGGAUCAGAUUUACCAUGAUCUUGCGCCUUUCUGGGGACUCGAGCCCAAGGUGAUCCGAAAAGAAGCUAUGGCAUAUGAAAUGACGAUCAAUAUUCGAAAACAAGAAGCCAAGUCGGGAAGUGAUUGGUUCUGGACGAAGAUUUGGAUGAACAUGACCCAGACGAUUGAAGAUAUGCUGCCAGAUAUGGAUAUUCCUCUAAACGCUAUGGAUGAACCAAGAAUGGUGGCUCCUUGGGAGGAAGUCGAUCGAUUAAUGGAAACUGAAAGAAACACUAGACACUUUGCCGAUCCACAUGACAUUAUAGCUGAUUUCCAGGAGUUCACCGAUGAUAUGGAUAAAGAUGUAGUUCCUCGGCCAAAGAACUUUACGGAUACUCGUGAGUUCCAAACAUCCAGUAUACGAAUACUUCUAACAGUUUUAGGUCCAUAUUGGCAAGCUGCGAUUCGAGGAUGUCACCCAGAUAGUGCCGCUCGAAAUACACAGAUGAUGCAAAGCUUCAACGGAACCCCACCAAUUUCACUCACCCACGCUUUAGGACAUACAUACAAGGGUUACGUUUCCAACUUUACCAUGUCUACUGAUUUCUGUAACCAACCAGAUAUUCAAUCCCUUCAUGGAAUGAUGAUUAAUCCCCUCUCCGUAUCCGAGACGACAGUUUUUGCCCCUCUAUUUGGCGGAUCCAAACUUCCCACCAACAACGAAAUCUUAUUACCAGCACCAAUGUAUUGGAGUCAGGAGGAAAGGUUUGAUGGAGGUGGUGCUACCGGAGCCCCUUGGCAUGAAAAGCUAGACGAAGUCAUCUGGCGUGGAGUUGCAACUGGUGGAAAGAAUACCAAGGGUAAUUGGAGGGGAUUCCAACGUCAUCGAUUUGUGGCUCAGUCCAACGGGACCAAAAUCUCGGGCGCAGAGAAUUGGACGGAAAUCCCGGCAAACUGGGCUCUACCCAGUAGCCAAUAUCACUUGGCCGCUCUAGAAGAGGGUCGAUUAGGAGAAUGGACGAGCGAAUGGUCGAACACAGGAUUUGUUGAUUUGAUGUGUGAGGAUUGUAGCCACACAGAAUCCCACUUUGAGCGCGUAGAAGGCCUCAAACUCCAAGACCAAUUCGAUAGUAAAUACCUUCCCGACAUCGACGGCAACUCCUUCUCGGGACGCUACCGCGGAUUCCUGAAAUCCUCCUCUUUGCCCAUCAAAGCGACCAUCUUUCGCGAAUGGCAUGAUUCGCGACUCAUGCCGUGGGUCCAUUUCGUACCCAUGGAUAACCGAUUCAUGGAUUUCUGGGGCAUCAUCGAGUAUUUCCUGGGCUACGAGGGGAAGCAUAUCACGGUCGAGGGACACGAUGAGAAGGCCGAGAAGAUCGCCCUGGCCGGACAGGCAUGGGCGAAUAAGGUGCUCCGGCCGGAGGAUAUGCAGAUCUAUGUGCUGCGGUUGUUGUUGGAGUAUGCGAGGAUUUGUGAUGAGAGGAGGCAUAAGAUGGGGUGGGUGGAGGAUCUUUUACCGGAUGGGGGGGUGUAGUGUGUGUGUUUUUUUAUCUUUUUUUCAUUUGUGUCUUUUCCGGUUUGGGUCUCAAUAGGUGGAAUACAUUGGCGCGAGGGCUACACGCAUUUUCUUGGAGCGUUUUUUUGGCGUAUUGUGGGAAAGGAUUUUUUGGCGUUCCUCUUUUUUCAGGGGUGGUCCUUUUGAGGGUUUGCAUUACAGUACGAGUAUAUAUAUACUUUUUCCUUUUCUUGUCGGUUCUUCUGUUUUGUUUUUUCUUGAAAUACCCGCCUUUUCUUUUGGGGAUCUGAAACUCUUUUUGUGUGUUUUUAUCAAGGCGAGGGGGUGAGGAUGUGGUGUAUAGAUCUUGAUGGAUGGAUGG